UUCCCGGCGGCGCAUGAAAGAGCGGAAGUGCUUUGAUGUUUGGCGGAAGCGGAAGCGCGUCCUUGAGGCGUGAUGGCGGCGCUGGUGAGGGUUGUGAAGCGUCGAGCUGGAGAAUCUAAAUGGAUUGCAUUAUGCAGUGGAUUGAUACAAACAACUUUAGCUCAACCACAAUGGGGCAGAAUGCUUCAUGGCACUCUCCAGAAAUACAAGAACAGCCAAUCACGUCUAACCAGUGUAUGCUGUGGAUUGAUACAAACUGUUGGGACAGUAAAACAGCCCAAUAGAACAUUUCAUCACACAAAAACGGUUUUUACAACCAAAGAUUCUCUUCAGCCAUCUGAAGAGAAAGUAGGUGCUUUCACGAAGAUGAUAGAAGCAAUGGGCUUCACCGGACCACUAAAAUAUAACAAAUGGAAAAUUAAAAUAGCAGCACUGCGUAUGUACACAUGUUGUGUGGAAAAAACAGACUAUGAAGAAUUUUUUAACAGAUUUCAGAUGCCUGACACAUUGAACUCUUGGUUUUUAGUAUCACAGCUUCAUGUCUGGAUGUGUUUAGUACGAAUGAAGCAAGAGGGCCGAGCAGGAAAAUACAUGUGCCGCUAUAUAGUUCACUCCAUGUGGGAGGAUGUUGAGCAGCGUGGGAAGGUCAUGGGGAUUGAUUCUGUUUCCCUGAAAGAAAGCAUGAGAAGCAUGACAGAGAAUUUCUAUGCAGCUAUUUUUGGAUAUGAUGAGGGAAUUUUAUCAGAUGAUCAUGUCCUCGCAGCAGCCAUCUGGAGAAAUCUGUUCAAUAAACAUUGCGAUGAUCCAAGAGAGUUGGAAAUAAUGGUAGAAUACGUGCGCAAACAGCUGCAGCACCUGGAUGCGAUUCCGGGAGAAGACCUCCUGCUGUCUGGUGAAGUGAGCUGGCGCCCCCUGGUGGAAACUAACGCACAGAGCAUCGUGAAGCCUGCUUUACCGACAUACAAUGACGAAGGACUCUGAAAUAGUUUUCAGACAGAUUGAAACUGUUUGCUGCUGACUGUGUGGAACAAUUGCUGGAAGUGGGACUGGGUGUAUGCUAUAGGACUUUUAAAAGAGAGAAUAAGAAAUGCUGUGUUACUCUGCGAAAGAGUGGUUAAAAUGCCACUCUUUUGUAGUUGUUUCUACCUUAGUAAAUCUGAACAACCUGCUAUUUUUAGUAUUACAUGUGUAGUUAAAUGCUGCUACUUCAUUUGGAGACUCCCUCGCCAUUACAUUACCCAGGUCCCAGCACACUGGUUCUCAGUAGAGGGAGAGUUCAUCUUUCAAGAGCAAAAUAGUUUACCAAAGUGAUAAGCAAGCUGCCUUUUUCUGGUAAGGGAAUCAGGGGACUUACUCUCCUGUGAAAAGCACACGUGUGAAUGUGAAAACCCUUCCUUUACAUGUAUUGGGUGCUUCGGGCUAUGCAAAACCCAGCAAGUGUCUGAGGUUGUAAUGAGGAUGUCCUGCAGCAUGCCUUCUAAGAUAAAGUUGAAACCGAUACUGCUGAUAUGGGACAGUUUUCUUGCUUGCUUCAGCAGCAUAAAAGUAGAACUUGUUUGUUUGUUAAUGAUCUGGGGAAGGGUCCAAGAACCAAAUAGAAGUGAAAUACAUAUACAUAUGUAAUGUGCAGGUUUUACAAAAUGCAGACAGUAUUUGCAGCUGGGGAGAUGGAAUCAAUGGCAUCAGUUGGGAAAAGAACUGCAGCCCAUUCUUUCCCUACCAUGGUCCUGGGAGGAAAAACAUCUCUUUCUGAUACUUGUUAUUGCUGGGAGGGUGGAGGGUCCCCAUUGGAGCUAUUAAAGGAUUCCUACCAAAACAAUAGUAUCUUCAGAGGAUGGCUUUCACAACAGAGGAGGGAACAUUAAAUUACAAUGAUCCUAGUCAAUUAUUUCAGCCAUUUGUUUCCCUGCUCUCAUCAACGAUGCACUUCGCACUUUUUGAAAGAAACCUGCAUGUUAGAUGCAAUAUACAGUCAAUAUCAAGGUCCAACUUGACCCUGAGGAAAUGGCUAGAAAACAUUUUUCAGCCAACCAUUUCUCUCUCUCAAAGCUCUGCAACAUGAACAUUUCUGGUUUAUGAGUUUGUUUUUCUCAGGUCAUCUCCCUUUAAAAUAGUGACUCAGGAUCUCUGACUAGCAAUUUGACCAAGUGGUGGUUCUUUCUCCUAAUCUCGUUAUCCAGUUGUAUCUUCACUUCAAAAUGGCUUUUGUAUGCAUUUCAUUAAAGUUGGCUUCUUUAUAAAGACGCAACCCCCUCUCAUGCGCAUAACUAUAAACUGAGAUACAAUUCUCUUUACCAUGUAAUGCCUUUUGUGAAAUGUUGAGAGAAUAGAUCUCCACAAAACUUAGAGUUUGAUCCUAAUAAAUUUGGUGAAAAGGA